AUGAAGGCAUGGCAGGUUGCCUCCCCUGGCAGCAUUGAGGAAAAGCUCAAGCUAAACACCAAUGCCGCUCGACCGACAAGCGAGGAUCUCAAAGGUCAAGACAUUCUGGUCAAGGUUAGCAGCGCUGCGCUGAAUCCCGCCGAUUACAAGGUCAUGGAGAUUGGUCUCCUUGUAAAGGUCGCUUUAUCGUUUCCCAAGGUUCCCGGCAUGGACCUGAGCGGCGAGGUGGUCGCCGUCGGCCCCGCCGUAACGGACAUUAUCGUCGGCGACCACGUCCUGGGCCGUCUCGAUCCGUUCAAGUCGACCGGUGCGCUGUCCGAGCACGUCGUCCUGGAGCGCGACGGCUACGCCAAGAUUGCGCGCGACGCAGACCUCGACCACGCCGCCGGCCUGGGCACCGCAGCGCUGACGGCCUACCAGAGCAUCCAGCCGCACGUCAAGGCCGGCGACAAGGUCUUCAUCAACGGCGGCUCAGGCGGCACCGGCACCUUUGGCAUCCAGAUUGCCAAGCUGCUCGGCUGCCACGUCACCGCGACGUGCUCCACGGGCAAGAUUGCCCUGUGCAAGGAGCUCGGCGCCGACGACGUCGUCGACUACAAGACGACGGAUGUGCUCGGCGCGCUGCAGGCGGCCGGCCCCGUCUACAGCCUCUUUGUGGAUAAUGUCGGGGCCGUGGGCGACUUUUACGCGAAGUCGUCGUCGUUUCUGCUGCCUACCGCGCCGUUUGUGGCAGUCGGCGGCGGCUCGGUCGGGCAUGCCGCCAACGUGGUCAGCGCCAUGCUCUGGCCGUCGUUUCUCGGCGGCGGCAAGAAUCGAUUCAUUAGCUACUUUACCAAGAACAAGCACGAUGACUUGAAUCAGCUUGCGCAGUGGUACAGCAAGGGAAGCCUCAAGUCUGUGGUCGAUUCAACGUACGAGUUUGGCGAUGCGCCGGCUGCGUUUAGCCAUCUCAAAAAGGGAUCUUCCGCGGGCAAGGUGAUUGUGCACAUUGCAAUCGCACUGCAUGCGGGAUUCUGCCAGUUUUCCUCAUUGCUGCUUGUGUACCAUCUAUCUGCCCGCAAGAAGGAACAAAUUCAAGCGGCACAGAAGCUUAUUCGGCCCAAGGCCAACGAAAGAGCUCCCUUGACAAUCGAGGUGGGACGACAUGGUCAGCGAACUCGCGACCUUGCUGUUGAGGCUAGAAACUCCAAGACUCAUCGGCAGAGCUCUUUGUCGUCAUACAAUUCGGCAUGUAUCCGAGAUUUAUGCUGCUUCGACAAGUUGCAACGCCAUGUUGAUCAGCACGAGGCUGCCAGACUGGAUGAGAUCUGUCCGCUGAACACGCCAUGCAGCAAGCAUUUGAUGAAUAUCGGCGCAAUUCAAGCGGGCGCAACACCCAAGACCAGCGCUGCUCACCCGUUAUCUGCCAACAGUCACAUUGACCAUCUUCUGGACAAGCUUCCACAACUCAACUAA